AUGUUUGGUGGGGAUGCGGUUCCUAGGGUUACCCUUGGAAUCCGAGGUACCAAACCAUCAAUCAAACAAACUCUGCAACUAACUUUAAUGGAAUCUGGAGAGAUCAUUAAUAAAUUCCCUUCACUUCCUCCCUACCCCGAGAUGAUUUUGGAGGCAAUUGAGGCACUGAAUGAAGGGAAUGGUUCGAAUAAAACAUCAAUUUCCAAGUACAUAGAAUCUAGGUACGGUGUGUUGCCCCCUGGCCACAAGGUACUGCUGAAUGUGCACCUUGCAAAAAUGAGGGACGCUGGGGUGCUUGACUUUUGGAAGAAUAACUACACCAAACGUGACCCAAACGCGCCGCCCCGGCGUGGCCGUGGCAGGCCACCCAAGCCCAGGGAGCCUCUGCCUCCUGGUACUGUCUUGUCACCGCCCAGGCCCAGGGGCCGUCCGCCAAAAGGCCCAAAUGACACGCCAAGGCCACCCAAAGCCUUGACUGGUAGUGGCAGGCCAAGAGGCCGGCCCAGGAAGAUGGCCCGGCCCGCUGGAGGACUCGGCAAAGCAUCACCUUCCCCGGUGACGCCCAGUGGGAGGCCUAGAGGCAGGCCUCCAAGAGUGAAGCCCGAAUUGAUAGAAACUAUGCUUAAUAAUAAUAACUAA